AUGCGAUUCUGGAUUGCUGCCACCAUGGCCACUCUAUAAACAUAACACUUUCAUGCUCAUAGAACCAAUGAUAGGCAAAUCAUAUUUUCUGGUAAAAGCACCAUCUACUCUUCUUUUAUUUUUUCUCUAUCAAUUGCAAACAAUUGAUUAUCAUUAAUAUUGAGCGUUUAUGGCAACGAGGAAGUCAGAUAUGUCGAUCAGGAUGUUUACAUCUUUGAAGUGGUCGCAACUCCCAUAAUCACGUUUAGCUUAUGUAAAGGACUUGCAUCUAAUAUGUAUAAAGUGGAUGUUAAAAGAACUCACAAGUGACUUUCCAGUCGUUUCUGUGGAUUGUUCUAGUGGUUGACAGUAUCACGACGAAGGGUCCGAUUAUAACUGUUGUCUCUAUGGAAUUUACAAAAUUUGGCCAAUUGAAGACACAAUGCACCACCUUUGGUUCACCGUUGUUCUUCAGAUUGGGAUAUUUCUUACCCUCCCCAAAAGCCCGAUGUCACUGGAUGGCAGUGCAAUCUGCGAAGAAAAAAGAAGCCAGAAAAAGAUGGUAAGCACACGCGUGACAAAAACCAAUACAGUCCUGACGUACAGGAGAGGACGAUGGAUAUUGUGGAAUAAGCAUACUGUCUAUCGAACUGUCAUAGGCUACGCGAAGGUAAACCAACCUGUUACGAACUACUUCAUCAUCCGUGAAUGCUGUAGUGGCUAUAAAGUGGACGCAACGCAGGGUCUCUGCCUUCCAAUAUCAGGACCCGAGGAGAGACUGUCUACGACAACAGAAAACGGUGAGCCGGAUGUUGCUCCAUCAUCCGAAACGACGAGGGACGAAUUGCCGAGAACGUCAACGUCAUCGUAUAAUGUCAAUAACUCCCCUACUACUUUGCAAAGCAACGAGACAGCCAGAGGAGUGGAAGAUGGUUUGGGUACGAUGUCAUCAAGGACUCGACGACAGACAACAAUCAUGAUCAGCAUUCUUCUUUCCUUCGCUAUUGUUAUCGUACUGUCAGUCGCAUUGGGGUGCAUGGUGUACCGCCGACGGAAAAGAAGCAGAAUACAGGAGAUUGAUAGGAACACUGCAGAACCACUCCGUGACUUGUCAGAAAAAAGUUCAAACAUUCAGCAUUUCUCUCCAUCGUUCGCCCCUGAUGAUGAAUAUGCACUCGUCGAUAAGACGCCCAGAGUCUCAACACCAACUGAAGAUCCCCGGCAAGAAUACGAAAACACAUGCAUUGGUGGAGAACCAGUUGAUCUACAAUCCGAUGGCCAAAACAAGGAGCCACAAGGGGAAAAUCUCUUACCGUAUACCGAUGAGUGUUACACGGAAGUUAAUGACAUGCUCCCAAGCUCAACCGGAUGCGAUGAAAAGGUAGACCAUUCACCACCAAAAGGUUCAAACAUUCAGCAUUUCUCUCCAUCGUUCGCCCCUGAUGAUGAAUAUGCACUCGUCGAUAAGACGCCCAGAGUCUCAACACCAACUGAAGAUCCCCGGCAAGAAUACGAAAACACAUGGUUUGAUGGAAAACCAGUUGAUCUACAAUCCGAUGGCCAAAACAAUGAGCCACAAGGGGGAAAUCUCUUACCGUAUACCGAUGAGUGUUACACAGAAGUUAAUGACAUGCUCCCAAGCUCGACCGGAUGCGAUGAAGAGGUCGACCAUUCACCACCAUACUCUGUUUGUCCAGAUCAUGCAGAGGGUGCUAUGAACGACGGGUAUGAAGCAGAUGAUGAUUCACAACUUACAUACGAUCACCUGGAUCGAAGCCCUACACAAGGCAACACGCAUCAUGGAGACUCCUCAAAAGAGGGUUCUGAAAGUGCAGGCGGAAUCUAUAAUGUUCUUGUCCAGUCAGAUUCUGCUGACUCACAAGAAAAAUACGAUGCGUUGCAACGAAACAUGUGGCAGACUGAGCAAUCUGGUAUCGGUGGCUGCGAUCCGGGUCUUGCUGGUCCAUCGCCGGGUUCACAGACAGACCACGUGGUAGAUGCCGAUGAUUACGACGUUCUUGAUAGAGUGAUGCCCAAAACAAUCGGGAGGGAGCAUCUCGGAGAACUACACCGGAGUCCCGACGAGGCAGAUUAUGGACAUCUUGGGUCAAGCCUUGAAAGGGAUACUAAAGAGAAUGAUGACAUUGACAUGAUGCCCAUCUAUUAUAAUGGAUAUAUCAAUUAGAAUAAACGUGAAGUUCAAGGUUUUGAUCGCGAUCACUAACAUGACUAGUGAGUUUGGGUGGUAAAAAUUAGGAUCAUUUUUAGAUAGUUUGUCACGUUGGUCGCAAAUUGACAUAUUUUGUCGUCAAUAUCAAUGUAAUGCCCUAGCAUAUAACCUGACUGUAGCUUAUUGAGACAUGCGCAUAUAUGAUACAUCAUGGACAUUUGCCAACCGUAUCCAUUGUUGUGGCGUAAGCUAUUACCAAGGAGCUUCCAACACAAGCUCCUUGCUAUUACGCGUUUGAUUUAGCUGUACUGGAAGGUCCAAGGUUAGAGCCUUGACUGACAUAAAGGAAAUGUAAUUCCCUACUCUUAAGUGAACAUUAUGGAGAUACUGUUGUGACUUGCAACCCAAUAGGCCAAGAACUGCGUUUUGAAAAGUUAAGGUAAUCUCACACUAUAAAAGUAAUAACAGUCAACCUUUUAGGGAUAGACUACAAUACAUUGAUGGACUUCAUAUUUGUAAUCCAACAGAAACUUACAAGAACUCACGACAAAUAUCCACAAUGUCGCCACCGGUGACGCAAAAAUUGCAACCAAAAUCGUGAAACUGGCCCAAACUGGCGACCAAAGUUGCACAACAAACCUCAAAGAGUAUAAGAAAAACAAAGUAAAUUAAUUUCAUUUCAUUUAGUUUAUUUCCAUUUCCAAGAAUAGAAUACUGACUUGACUGAAAAGAGCACAGUCAUGUCCUGUUAUUGGGCCAUAAAACAUUGGAAUUCUCUUCCCAUUGAAGUACAGGGAAUAAACUCAAGAACUAUCAAAUUUAAGAGGAAACUGAACAAAUAUCUUUCGCUUGACAGUCAAAGGAAGACACAAACGAUCGUGUUAUAGGGGAAUAUAGGGGACAACGUUCUUUUCUCGUUCAUGCAAGUUCAUGUUCAAUGUAUUAUUGUAUGCCAUAUGAUUUGAUAUUUCUCGAUAUUUCUUUCUUUUUCUCCUUUCCUUAAUCUUCUACGUUUUCUUCCCCCCCCCCCUCCUCCUUCCUCUUUUCUUCUUCUCCUCCUUCACUUUAUUCUUCUCCUCUUCAUGUUAUUCUGUAUAUACCAAUAAAAUAUUGAUUUAUAAUUGUAAUUCAUGAUUUUAUUUCAGCAUUGAAUAGUAAGAUUUUAAUUCAUUAUUAUCAUUAUUGUUAUUAUUAUGUCAAACAUCACAAUGGAUGGAAUCUUUCGAUCUUUCAUAGGUAAUCUUGUUCAAGCUUGCUGAUAUUAUUUUUUCGAUGUGUUGGAGACUUGACAAAUAAAAUCGAUAAAUCAUUUAGCCAAUC